AUGUCUGACAAACAAACCUCCCAAGAGCCCGUCCACCAACAAGAGGGCUUCUUCGAGCGAAUCCUCCACCGCCACCAUCAGAACCAAGAUGCCCAGUAUCAGAAGGAACCUGAUCAGGACAAGUCUGGUAAAGACGAACACGACCAUGAUGAACAUGACAAGAAGAAGGGCGAGAGUGAGUUGGACAAGAUGAAGGACUACCUCCACGAAGAUGAGGAGCUCGAGGCCGAGGGACGAACUUACGGAGGCUUAAUUGAUGAUAUCUACUCGUAUCGAAGUUUGUAG